UGAGAGCUCAGUGUUAGGUUGGGAGGGAAUGCCCACUAGAUGCGGCUGCUGAUAAUAGCGCGGAUCAGCACCAGAGCAGUGACUGAGAGCGCAGACAGAGAGAGGAGGAGAGGAGCAAGGAACAGUAUGCUCUGCCAGAGGCUGGUAAAAUUACAGCAACGUGAUUGAUUCAGGCAAACAAGGAUAAAAUAAAUAAAUAAAGAGAGCUCUAGAGAGUCUCUCAGAGCGCAAAAUCCUGAGAGGAGAACGGGGGUGGAAGUUAGAAGGCUGUGGGAACUCAUCAACUCCUCGUGGAAAGGCAGAGCUGAGGUCAGCAGACAGGAGUGUGGGAUCGAGCAGCAGCUGAACCAAGCCGGACAUUGCUUGGGCUGGGGGUGAAUGCUCUUUUAGAGGGGUACUGAGGGGCGUAGGGUGAAGGAAUACUGCUGAAACUUCAGUCACAGUCAACGCGCACCUGCUCGUUGGAGUUGCACUUCUGGAUAUUACAGCAAGGCUACAGGGCAAGCUGCCACAUCCACUAGAGUGAUUUUGCAAAGCCGCUGUCUGAUUGACUUAAUCCUGAUCUUUUGUGGGAAAGAGAAAGACUAGCACUUUUGGAGCACUAGAGCGCAAGUUCAAGGUUCUGUUCAAGGGCUAUUCUGAGAGACAUGAUAGAGAAUGAAAUAAAGAACGCGGCUUCCAUUCCAGAGCAUGGAGAAGUCAAGUAGUGAGGAAUCUGCCAUUCACCGUAGCCCCUCUGUGGACAGCCACGACUCAGACUUUGCCCAAGCCUCCACCUCCGGACGGCCAUUCGGAGGACGAGGCUUUACCGCCGGCGCCUUUUACGGGUCCACUGGCCCACGUGCACAAACCGCUGCUCAAAGUGGGGCGUCCGGCGACGACAAAGGCAACAAUAAGUACAAGUCUCCAAAAGGCAGCAAAUACGUGGUCUUUUAUCUGGAUCUAUCCUUUGUGUUCCUUCUAGAGUUCAAGAAGUGCAACAUGGCUAGAGGCUGCCUGUGCUGUCUGAAAUACAUGAUGUUCAUCUUCAACCUCAUCUUUUGGUUGUGUGGCUGUGGGCUGCUGGGAGUUGGAAUCUGGUUGUCUGUGUCUCAAGGCAGCUUCGCCACCUUCUCCCCAUCCUUCCCCUCUCUCUCCGCUGCCAACAUGGUCAUCGCCAUAGGCGCCAUUGUCAUGGUGACAGGCUUCCUCGGAUGCCUGGGCGCCAUCAAGGAAAACAAGUGCCUGCUUCUGAGCUUCUUCAUUGUCUUGCUGAUUAUUCUGCUGGCUGAGCUGAUUUUGCUCAUUCUUUUCUUCGUCUACUCUGAUAAGGUCAGUGAGAAUGCAAAGCAGGACCUGAAAGACGGACUUGCUCUCUACAACACAGACAACAACAUUGGGCUGAGAAAUGCCUGGAAUAUCAUUCAAGCUGAGUGGAAGUGUUGUGGCGUAACUGGUUACACAGAUUGGCACGAGGCUCUGAAAGAAAAGGUGGUGCCUGACCGCUGCUGUCAAGAGCAUUAUCAGGAGUGUGGCCGCAACUCCACCAACAUGUUCUGGACUCGGGGCUGCUACGAGAAGGUUGAAGAGUGGCUUGAAGAUAAUAAGCACCUCCUCGGAACCAUCGGCAUGUGUAUCUUGGUAGUUCAGCUCCUGGGAAUGGCCUUUUCCAUGACACUGUUCCAUCAGAUUCACAGAAGCGGGAAGAAAUAUGAUGCUUAAAGAGGCCGUUUCUCAAGGGAGGAGUCCUGGUGCAUUAUGGGACAGACUCUGGAGGACAGCUCCUCCUCUUGUAUCUAACUUUCACCACUGGCCAAUCCCUCUUCCCAUUAAUUCCCCAGCUUAUACCUUACCAUCCUGUAUAGACUUCAGCCAUGGUCUGUCUCUUUUCCACUCUUUCUCCCCAUCUGCUCAUCUGCCAAAGAGACCCGGGGACAGAGAGGAACGAGAGGACUGACUCUUGGCCAGAAUCCUCCCCAUGAGGCCUCUGACUUUCUUCAUCUCCUCUAGAACCUUUAUUUUACGCUUGAACUAACUAACGUUUGCAGGAAGGAGAAUAAUGACAAAAAACUGUGUGGCUUUACUAAUACGUAAAUCCUUCCACCCAACAUAAAGAUGAGGCGAGAAGACAUCAGACUGGAAACCUUCAUGGUGGAUGAAUUUGAAAAGCAUCCCUCAUCAUCACCUCCAUCUACAGUGUAAAUGACAAACAGCUCCAUUUUAGCAUGAUGCGGUUUUGUACGAGACAGAAAACUUGUCAUUUCGGCUCAAGACUUCUUUUGUUUCUUUUUAUAAGUGACAUUGCCCCAACCCCAUAAUUUUUGUGCACCUAAGGAUUGGAAGAAACCCGUACAAAGAGUUUAGCGAGGCAUGACCAGGAAUUUGAGUUUGUCUGUGUGUGUUGGAAAUAAGCCUUUUCUUAUGUUUAUAGGUUUGUGAUUUGAGGACGCAUCGAAAAGUGUUGAAAGUUUCACUCUGAUGAGAACCAUCACAAUCUAAUGUCAGUAUAAUACAUCAAACAGGGACUGUUUUUCCAUAUACAGACUGUCUGAUUAAUCAGCCAUCCACGUUCAUGCAAAAACAUCCUCUUUGUUAAUCACUAAAAGGUCAUUUUAACCAAACUUCUACUGAAAACUCUGUAGCAUAGACAAUGAAGCAAAGUUUUUAUAGAAGAAAAUGAUGUAAGGUUGGUAAAAGAAAAAUGUAUAAAAGGCAGAGCUUUGUGAGUUUGACCAUUUCCCCAUGUUUUGCUCAUUGAAUCCAAGUCUGUACCCCCCAAAAAAAAUGUUGAGAAAGAGCCUAAUGAUACAGAUUCCACCUAGUUCAUGUUCUGGGACAGUAACGUUUAUGUUUUUGGAAGACUUAAAGAGUCUUAUUAAUUUACUCACCUUCAUGUCGAAUCUGUAGGACUUGCUUUCUUCCGUUGACACAAAAGGAAAUCGUUUGAAGAAUGUGGCUCUAUGCUAUACAAAAAAAAAGCAGACUUGAUGCUUACAAACUCUAAAAAGGAGGGGGAAAAUACUGCAGUAAUACGGCAUAAGAGUUACAGUUUUCUUCACUUCAAAACUUACUUGCUGAGGAAGUGACUCUCAUUUGUGCAUAUGCAUAUUAUAUUACAUUCUUUGAGACACUCAAUCUUUUAACAUGUAAAUGUGCUGAGCUGCAAGAUGAUUUAAAUGUGGUAAUUUUAUAGAACUUUAUGACUGAUGGGUGUUCUAAUUCUGCAGAAAUGUUCUGACCUUUCUGACAAGUUCUGUGGGCACAUAUUACAUGUGGGCCAAAUAAUGAUUUAAAUUGGUGGUCUGUUGCCCUUUGGAAGAAAAUCACAGGGAACAGAGUGAAAUUUCCUUCAACUAUUUCUUUAAAGUAUCCCUAGCAGGAAAUCUAGCACUAAUACCAACUCAACAGAACUGUGAAAACUGUCAAUACUGCUUCAUUGCAAGAUAGUAUUAAACCGCGUACAGUACAGCAGAGCAGAACCAAAUACAAGCACAGUCAUAGUGUUAGUUAUAAUAGUAGACUGUAAUCCACCAGCCAUAAUUCAUCUAGAGAAAGAGGGUUUCCGCACACCUCAGCUUUUUAUAGCCUGUGCUGUUUUUCUGUCUCUCUCGGCUCUUUUCUGUCUCCAUCUGUCUUUUAGUUUCAAGCAUCAGGCUGGAACGGUUACAUUCCUGCUGAAUGGGGUGAUAAUGCUUCUGUAUCACAGCCUAAAGGGACUUGCUUCAAAGCAAAUGCAUCUUGACGAGGAAGUUUUGAAGUGAACGUGUGUUCACCAGCAGACAGUUUUUAGGGGUUUGAAAUCACUGAGCAAUAGAUGGGGCAUGAUGAUGGCUGAGAGACAACCAGAGUGGGGUCAUCUCGUGGUCUCCUAUCCAAACUGUCACUGAGACUACGUGCCGUCCCUUAAGAGCUCGGCGUGGGCGCGUUGUUAAUGUGUGACCAAGAGGGACGUAAUAGAGCACUUGAGAUGGAGAGAGAAAUAAUAACACCUCUCAUCCCAUCAAACACUCACUGACACACAAACAUUGUUUACUGUAUUUUAGAAAAAUUGCUUUACAUUAAGAAACCGUUGGGACCAGAAGCGACAGCUACUUCUAACGUUCAUCCCGUGUUGAAAUGGAGGGGAAUAAGAGCUUCUGCUCUGGAUGAUAGGAACUCUGUCACUGAACACUGCUGCUAUAAGAGCCACCUGUGGUUAUUACGAUAGUGGAAAAAGUAAAAGACUGAGAAACUGCAGACUCGAUUCACUCACACUCUGCCUGCAAGCGUUUAAAGUCAACAUGAAGCCAAAAUUGACCCCAUUUACUUCACAUAUAUAUAUAUAUAAAAAGAACCCCAGUUUAGGUUACUAUAUUAGGUUAUGCAGCCAUUCUUACAUUUUAUUCACAUUCAUUUAAUGUUGGCUAACUUCUGAAUGUUACAAAUAAUUAUAGAUUCGAAAAAGGUGCAUUACGGUUGGUUUACAUCCUGUCCCAACCUACAUUUGAUUUAAUCAAUGAACGUAUUGUUUUACACACAAAAGUGUCACAUUAUAGAUGUAAAAUGGGUUGUCAAGGGUGUUUCAUGUUGGCUUUAAGGGAUUUGUGUUAUGAGGCGUUUGUAUCAGGAGGACUGGAAUCUACAGCAUUUUUCAAUCAAUUCCGCAUGUUCACCAUCGCUAGCAAACAGAAACAAUGCAAGAAAAUGUUCUAAUAUGCAAGCCUGUCUCCAGUAGGCCACAGUCAACAUUAUUACCAUCAUAAAUGAAAAUGUUUUAUUUUUUGUUACGCCUGGUGGUCUGGCUUCAAACCCAUUUUUGCUUCAAGAACACCAUGGAGUUAGUCAAUACUAGCUCUGAUUAGGUUUGCACUGAUGCGCUCCAUCUGCUCAGUGUACUGUCUUUAACCCCGCCACACUAAACUUCAAUGACGUCUCCCAACCCUCUUAUCUGACUGAUUUACAAACUUUGGCCGCAAAAUUGCAUCCUGUGAACUAAUCCGUGUGUAAGCUUUCCAAGGUUAGGAAUUGUUUGAGUUUGGAACAAAAAAAAAAUUUUUUUUUUCCUUGUUCCAAUGUUUUUAAUUUUUCAAAGAUGUCCUUAAACCCAUCUCUCACUGUUAUUCACCUUUUUUAAAAAAUUAUAUACAAUACCCAUUUUUCCUUUAUAUUUUUCCACUGUUAUAGGCUACAUUGUGUAUUUAAAUCUGAAAUAGUCAGAUGUUGAGUUGUUAGUGUUGAAGGACACAGUAUCAUGUUGAACAACCAACAACAGUUUGGCAUUAGACAUUUUUUAAAUUUUACGGCUUUUCUUUUUUAUGUUUUGCAAUGCAUUUGUGUCGAGCUUAAUGCACAAACAUUUCACUACGGAUCAUCUCAUAAACUGUUGCAAAUGUCUAUGACAUCUGGGGCAUAUCUGUUUAAAAUGCAUCAAAGAUAUUGCUUUUUGCUAAAUGUCUAAAUAUGUCUGUCAAGUAUCUAAAGGUGCAAGAGAAUCUCAGUGCUCGAUACUCCAACACAAGUGCUGUAAUGUCAUUUUAUUUUUAUUUUUUUUGUACAUUGUUCAUUGUUGUAUGUUGUCAUUUGUUUUGUAUCAUAUAUUUUGUCACGUAUUGAUUUUAAGGGUGUGCUAAGCAUAGAUAAGAUUUUGCAUUAUUAAAGUUUUUUUUUUUUUUUUUUUAAUCUCAUAUUAGAAUUAAUUUGUUGGAUUUUCAUCUGUGGAUACUAUCAUGAAGCACAUGAAAAUUCACAUUAUAGUUUGUAGCAAUUGUAAAGUAAAGGUUCAUUAUUAAUUGGCCAAAUACUAAUUAAUUUUUCAGAAAGGUAAGGUCUCUAUAUUUCUAUCAUAUUGAAGACGGCCCAGAAAUAUGAUCUCCAGAACAUCUAAAAGCUUGCACACCCAUGCCAUCUGAUUGUAUAUCUUGGGAUAUUUUUUCAACAGUCGUUGAAACUAAUUUUGUACCCAUUUAUUGUGUUUUAGGGUUUAAUUUUUCUUUUGUUUUUGUACCUUUUAAUUCAAUAAUUGAGUUGUAGAUCUGAAUGAAAUGUUGCCAUUUUUUGGUACUGAAUUCUGAUAUUUUAAUGGACAGCACUGCAGGGAUGAAAAAGUUUUGGUGAUCUAAAUGACCACAGCACAACUAAUUGAAUUAUUGAAUUUGUUCUCCCAUUAACAGACACUGCCAUAAAAUGAUUUAUUAAUUUGGUAUCCUUGGGAUAAAAAAGGGAUCUAAAAAGUAACUGAGUUCCAUAAUCGCUGUCAUAUCUGUAUUUUUGUACUGCCACCCUAACCACCACCAGUAAGCUGCAUAUACAAGCUGUAGAAACGUAUGCUCUCGAGUGGCGUGUUUAAUGUAGUAUCCCGGUGAGUGGCAGUUAUCAGAUAUCUUGUGAACUCAGAUUUGUCCUGUGGAGUAUUUUGCUACAUGUAAAGCAUUAUAAAUAUAUUAGGUGGUGCACUAAAUUGCAUUCUUUAAAUCCUACUAUUUUUUAAAUAAAGGAAAGUGUGUUGCCAA